GCCUGCUGAAGACUCCAGGGCUCCAGAAACUAAAUGACAAGUGCCUGCAGUGGACAUGGGAAAGAAGCUGGUGAUGGCCCAGAAGCGGGGAGAGACUCGAGCCCUUUGCCUGGGUGUGGCCAUGGUGGUGUGUGCGGUCAUCGCCUACUAUAUCCUGGGCACGACCAUGCUGCCCCUCUACCAGAAAAGUGUGUGGACCCAGAAAUCCACGUGCCAUCUGAUUGAGACCAGCAUCAGGGAGCAGGAGGAGCUAGAGGGCAAGAAGGUGCCCCAGUACCCGUGCCUGUGGGUCAACGUGUCAGCUGUGGGCCGGUGGGCUGUGCUGUAUCACACAGAGGACACUCGGGACCAGAACCAGCAGUGCUCCUACAUCCCAGGCAGCCUGGAGAACUACCAAGUGGCCCGGGCCGAUGUGGAGAAGGUCAGGGCCACAUUCCACGAGAAACAGAUUUUCUACUGCUUCUCAACCACUCGGGAGAACGAGACCACUGUGCUGUACCAGCGCCUCUAUGGGCCCCGGACCCUGCUCUUCUCUCUCUUCUGGCCUACCUUCCUGCUGACUGGAGGUCUCCUCAUUAUCGCCAUGGUGAAGAUCAACCAGUCCCUCUCCAUCCUGGCAGCUCAGAAGUAGGCCUAUCCAUGUCCCAGAGCUGCCUUGGCCGCUAGAGACUGGGUGGGCCCCCAGGCUGCUCCCAACUUGGGUACCCCUGCCCCUUCCCCUGCCUUCUCACUACUUCGCUCCAUCCCAUAGUGACCUCUGCUAUCUGGAUGGGCUUUGGGA